CGAAAUGAACUGCUUCUGUGUUUUUCAGACUACAUUUUGAGAUGAAGAAGAGAAAGGAAUGUAUUCAAGAUACUGAGGAUCAGACACAUGAAGGCAUGGAAGGUGAAGAAAACGAGGAAAGCUGUUCCUGUUCUGCUUUACUGUAUGAUGGCAGCAUGUGCCCCAUCUGUCUGAACUGCCUUCUAGAACAAGAGAUUGGGUUUCCUGAGAACUGCAGUCAUACCUUCUGCAUGACUUGUAUUCUUAAAUGGGCUGAGACACAAGCUUCAUGUCCUAUUGAUCGCAGACCAUUUCAAGCAGUGUGCAGGCUGGAUGCACUGGAUAAGCAGAUUAAGGUUCAGGUUACAAAACAGCUAAAGAGGAAGGAGGAAGAGGAAAAUUGUGCCUGCAAUAAGAAAAUGUACAGCCACGUGAAGAUGAGAAGUUUUGUGAGAAGAGCUGUAUUUCCAGACAGAGGGCCAGUAACAGUAAAAUUGAGCAGAAUUGUGAAGAAAAAAUACAGUAAUAUUUUAUAUGACAAACAAAACAAGAAAGCUUUCUCUGUGAAGAUAAACAAGCCCAGAAGACAGACCUGCUGGAAUGAGUGCAUCAGAACUAAUUUCUUCAGCACACUUCUGGCUGGUGGUAGCAGUGAAGAAUCCUUUUAUAGCUGUAGAAAUGACUGUGCAGAAUUCACAGAAGUCAGUGCGGGGAUCAGGCAGAAGAGACAAGAACUGGAAUUGUCAUGUUCAUCUGUGAUUGCCAGAGUUGAAAGUGUUCCUUUAAUAUCUUACGGAGCUGAAGCUGAGACCUUUCUCCUCACUUCUUCUGCAGUGGCUGGAAGAGUUCUUCCAAGAAAUACCAGGCCUUUGGAAAACUUUGAAUCUUUAGGCAAAGGAUAUGCUGUUGCAUGUACCCAAGAAGGAGAAGAGAAAAAGGAAGCUUCUGGUUCAUCUAGCACUAGAGGAAGUAGGAGGAAAUCAGUUACUACAACUCCUACAAGAAGGUCUGCACGAAACAGCAAAAAUGAGGCUCUGAGUCAGUCUCGGAGCUCCCCUCGAUCUAGCAGUUCUGCUUGCAGUGCCUCUGAUAGCAAUAACCCAUCUCUGAAUAAAACUCAUUCAGAAGCAGAGAAUGCUCCUCCAAAACGCAAGUCUAAAAGGGCAGUUAAACAACAAACACCCGCAGUUAAAAAGAAACUGAGAAGGUCUGCACGUUCUGAAAAACCACCCGGUGGCUCAGUGGAAGAUGAUGACAGUGCUGAGCCUGAAGCAGUCCUAACUUUAGAUAAAGACCACCAGUCAGAUAAUGAAAGCAAUAAUGCAAGCCUCCCACAGAAGGAUAAUGUAGAAAUGGAAUCUGCUAAUGGAUUGGAAAGCUGUAGUGAGCAUGCAGAAAAUGAGGAAACUACAGGAGAAUGUGACAGAGAUGAAAAUACUUCAGGCAAUGCAGAUGUAAGUUUUUCUCUCCAAGAACCCCCAGUACCAACUUUAGGAAGUGAAAGUGAGGAAUCUGAAGUAAAAGAUGUUACUGAAAAAAAUGUAGAUCUUGUCAAUCAGGACAAUUGUGAAAAUACUCCUGAACAAGUGGAAACAGUAGCUAGUCCCAAAGAUGAUGUAUGUGACCAUGCAACUUCUGAAAAAGUAGAUCAGACAUCAUGUAGUCCUCAAAAAGAAUUAUUGGAGAACAUAGAAACUUUAACUAAAGUAGAUCAACCCAUAGCUAGUCCAGAAAAUGAAUUGUUGGAACAUCUGGAACCUUUGGGAAAAGAUCAGCCAUUAGAGACCCCCAGAAGUGAAUUGCCUGAGCAUCCGGAAGACAUGGAAAUAGAUAAUUCUGAGACUGAACUAAAACCAGUAGUAGACUGUGCAAAACCUGUUCAAGAUGAAGAACCAGAUGCAUUAAUACACAGUAUUUCUAUGGACAGUACAUCAGAACAACCCUUAAAAGAGAACACCAUUUCAGAAAGUGAAGAGGGUGGAACUUCAGAGUCACCCCCAGUAAAUGCUGAACAUAAACAUUUUGGUGAAGAUAACAACGAAAUGAUACCAAUGGACUGUGAUUCAUUUUGCAGUGACCAGAAUGAACCUAAGAUUGAGCAUUUACCACCACCUGAAAGUACAGAGCAAGGAGAAGUGAACUCCUUACAGUGUGAUGUGGGAAACUCUGCAUCAGGUUCUGAUGAAAAAGAUGAAAAUGUUCCUCAAGAAAGUGAGUGCCAGCCAGAGCUCAAAAAAGAGAAAAAGGCUCGAACUAGAAGAUCUAGAUUUCACUCUCCAUCAACAACUUGGUCUCCUUCUGGGAGAGAGAGCAGGAAAUCUCAAUCGCCAUCUCCUAAAAGGGAGACAGCUGGAGACAGGAGCUCACGAUCACCCAAGAAGGUACCUCUGAGAGAGGGAAGGAGAUCCUCAUCUUGCUCUCCAAAGAGAGAUACACUCAGAGAUGAGAAAAAAACACCACCUCAAUCUCCCCUAAGGGAAACUGUCAGGGAAAGCAGGAGAUCAUCUUCGCGAUCAGGAACUAAGGAUUCAUCUCCAAGGCGAAAAUCCAGGUCUCGAAGCAGCGAUAGAGAUCAUCAAAGAAGAGAUCGUGACAGAGAAAGAAGAAAUAGGAGGCGGUCUAGGUCACAGUCACGCUCUAGGUCAAGAUCACGAUCUAGGACUAGAAGUAAAGGUUCUUCAUUCUCUAGAAAUGAGAGGGAAAGUCAUUCACCUCGAUGGAAAGAGAGAUGGACAAAUGACAGCUGGAGGAGUCCCAGAGGAAAUGAUCGAUACAGGAGAAGUGAUCAAGAGAAACAAAAUGAAAAUCUUAAAAAAGAGAAGGACAAUAGUACAGAAAAAAGCAAUGAUGAUCAAUGUUCUUCAGAUAAGCAGAGGAAUGAUUGUCCAGACUGGGUAAUGGAGAGGAUAAACUCUGCUCCUGAAGUCAGGAACAGAGAAAGAGAAAAACCACAUUGGGAAGAAGGCAGGCAUGAUAAUGCAGGACAGUCUUGGAAUAAAAACUUUGGUUCAGGUUGGAUCCCGAAUAGAGGGAGAGGUCAGCGAGGCCGAGGUGGCCAUGGCCGAGGCGGUUUCAUGUAUGGAGACCAGAGUGAAAAUCACUGGCAGAACAGAAAACCUCUCUCAGGGAACUCAAAUGGUUCUGGGAAUGAAGCUUCAAGGUUCUCAGAACAGCAGCCCUACAAGCGUAAGAAUGAACAAGAGUAUUCGUUCGAUACUCCUGCUGACAGGUCUGGGUGGACAUCUGCAUCCAGCUGGGCUGUGAGGAAGACUUUGCCUGCUGAUGUCCAGAAUUAUUAUUCGAGAAGGGGACGCAAUUCAUCCAGCCCACAGUCUGGAUGGGGAAUGAGACAGGAGGAGGAGACACCUGAACAAGAUCCAAACCUCAAAGACCAAGGCAACCAGCAAAGUGAUGGUUCUCAGUUACCAAUAAAUAUGAUGCAGCAACAAAUGAAUGUAAUGCCACAAGUGAAUGCACAGCACCAACCUAUGAGUAUCUUCCCAUACCCAGUGGGUGUCCAUCCUCCUUUGAUGAAUAUGCAACGAAAUCCUUUCAACAUCCACCCUCCAAUGCCCAUGCAUCUCCCUGCUGGAGUGCCUCUCAUACAGGUAGCUGCUCCCACAAAUAUUUCUCAGGGAUUACCUCCGCCUCCACCUCCACCCCCACCAUCUCAACAAGUCAACUACAUUGCUUCACAGCAAGAUGGGAAACAAUUGCAGGCUAUUCCAAAUGCUUCUCAUGUAAGUAACAGCAUGAGUGCUCCAGCUUUGCCUGCUCCAGCAGCAGUCCUGGGAAACGUGGGAACAGUUCAGGGACCAAAUUCGGGUAAUGCAACGUCAUCAGGUCACAUGAAGAGCUCUAAUGCAGCUGUAAAAAUGGGAGAAAGCAAAGCAAGUGUAACAGUGGAAGCCAGUGCAGAUAGCUCGAAGAAGGACCAGAAAUUGUUAAUUCAAGAAAAAGCAGCACAAGAGGUCAAGCUCGCGAUUAAACCUUUCUACCAGAACAAAGACAUCACUAAGGAGGAGUACAAAGAGAUUGUGCGGAAAGCCGUAGAUAAAGUUUGUCAUAGCAAGAGCGGAGAAGUUAAUUCUGCAAAAGUGGCAAAUCUAGUGAAAGCGUAUGUAGACAAAUACAAGCAUUCACGGAAGAAAAAUCCUGAAGAGGCAGUCUCCUGUGAAAGGAAGUAGAAUAUGUUUUCAUUUUUUAGUUUUAUUCUAUCUGCAAAGUGCAAUUUCAAUGUGAACUGUUAACUGAAAAUUGUACAUGACAGUGAUUUGAAUUUGGUUUUGAUAAAAUUAUUUUUCAAGGUAGUAUAUAAUGUUUUGUUCUAAAGAAAUAUAGAUCUUCAGGGCAACUUCUUUAUUCCUUUUUAAAAACAGAUUUCUAAAAAGAGUAAAGGUGUAAAGAAGAAUCAUUAGGAAUGUACGAUUGUGUGGAUACUUAGAUGUACAGCAUUUUGACUUGAAUAAGAGAGUGCAUUAACUUAGAAACUUCAAGUAUGUUGGGUUUGGAACAGGUAUGUACAGUACAUGUGAUCAGUCAGAUUAAAGUAAAAUUUUUCUUUUGAUUGCUCCCUGAUUAUAGCAAAGAUGAAAAAAUUAAUUGCCUUGACAAAUAUUUUUAGUGUUAACUGGACAGGCUGAAUGCAGGGGUCACAAUAUGUAUAUUAAAAAAAAAAAAAGCACAUAGAGUUGUCUGAACAUAACUGUUUAGAUUUCAAAAAGAAAAGUCAUAAACAGUAAAAUGUGCUGCCCAAAAGCAUGGGUACUGCACAGCUGUUGUAACACCAAAUAAAAAUUAUGCUGCUUGGUA